UACCCUAGCGCAAUUUACAUAUUUUAUAUAGUAAGGAGCAUUCAAACGAAAUUCUGUAACAAGGCUUGCAGAAUAGCGAAAAAUAGUUCCCUCCGCCCACAAAAGGAACCUCAUAGCUACAAGCGAAACCAAUUAGCGCUGCCUUACUCAUCCGAAAAAGCUAAUAUAUCUGCUGAUUCCAUCGAUUUGACACUCACCGAAACACACACACACACACACACAGACACAAUAGUUGUGGUAAUCGGGCAAGACCACACACACGAAGAAAAAAAAAUGACUGCCCCUCGACGUCUUCGAAAAGAACUGGGCGAUUUGCAAGAUAAUUCACUGAGAUCCUUCCGCGACAUCAAGGCCGACGAUGAGAACCUGCUGCGCUGGACGGGCCUGAUUGUGCCCGACAAUCCGCCGUACAACAAGGGCGCCUUCCGUAUCGAGAUCAACUUUCCGGCCGAAUAUCCGUUCAAGCCGCCAAAGAUAAACUUCAAGACGCGCAUAUAUCAUCCCAACAUCGAUGAGAAGGGGCAGGUGUGCCUGCCAAUCAUCAGCACCGAGAACUGGAAGCCGGCCACGCGCACCGAGCAGGUCGUCCAGGCUCUGAUAGCCCUCAUCAACGACCCAGAGCCCGAGCAUCCACUACGCGCCGAGCUGGCCGAGGAGUUCCAAAAGGAUAGGAAGAAGUUCGUAAAGAAUGCAGAGGACUACACCAAGAAGCACAGCGAAAAGCGUCCGGCUGAUUAGUGCUGUGGCAAUGGCGAGCCGCCAACAAACAGCAAACGCAGACGGAUGACGAAACCAAACUAAGCUCCCAUCCCAUCCCUUUCAUCCCCCUUCGUGCACACACCACACCGUGGACACCGGAGGGCGAACAAAUUAUUUCACGCUUAGUCUACGAGUUCACCCCAUUUUGUGAUUUUCAAUUAGCUUUUUAAUGUUGUAACUUCGAUUUUUGCAGUAGAAAGUUUCGCAAUUCUCCCAAUUUCAAUUUGUAAGGAUCAGGAUCCGUAGGAAGGGUAGUUUUUUAAUUGUAGCACUGUAAUUUUAUGCAAAAGAUAAAUACAAGUUCGUUACA